GGGAACAAGAGAGGAACAGCGAGAUGGGGAGAGAGCAGUGCUCUGGGAGAGAGCGAGAAGUGAGAGAGUAAUAAACAGGGAGAGAGAACAAUGAGAGUUGGGUGGACUGACUGCCUUACCCCAGUGAGCUAGCUAGCUGUGGAUGUGAGCAGAGUGGCGUGUCUUUGGAGCAGGGAUACUGCUGCUAUUGAUCCAAACCACCUUCAUCUGUUCUGCCUGCCAGGUGAACUCCUACAGCACAGCUCUCUGAACAGAGAGGGAGAGCAACAGAGAGAGAUCUGACAGUCUCCUUCCUGUGUUCCUGAGAGCUGGGUGCGUGUUCAACUCUAUUGCCUCUGCCGAACAAGAUGUGUGUGUUCUGUGUGUGGGAGCACCGACUGGGGAAAAGAACACACCCUCUCUCUCCGCUGAACCUGUGAGUCUCAGAAGAGCAGCUAACGGCAGCUAACAAACAACGACCUCCAGCUCCCAGCCGUCUGGUUGAGAUGACAUUGUGUGUGAGAGCGGUGGUCUGGGUAUUAAUGGACCUGUGAGAGCAGUGGUCUGCUUUACCUGGACCUGUGAGAGCAGUGGUCUGCUUUACCUGGACCUGUGAGAGCAGUGGUCUGCUUUACCUGGACCUGUGAGAGCAGUGGUCUGGUAUUGCUGGACCUGUGAGAGUGGUGGUCUGGUAUUGCUGGACCUGUGAGAGCGGUGGUCUGGUAUUGCUGGACCUGUGAGAGCGGUGGUCUGAUAUUGCUGGACCUGUGAGAGCGGUGGUCUGGGUAUUAAUGGACCUAUGAGAGCGGUGGUCUGGUUAUUAAUGGAUCUGUGAGAGCGGUGGUCUGGUAUUGCUGGACCUGUGAGAGCGGUGGUCUGGUAUUGCUGGACCUGUGAGAGCAGUGGUCUGCUUUACCUGGACCUGUGAGAGCAGUUGUCUGCUUUACCUGGACAUGUGAGAGCAGUGGUCUGGUAUUGCUGGACAUGUGAGCGGUGGUCUGGUAUUGCUGGACCUGUGAGAGCGGUGGUCUGGUAUUGCUGGACCUGUGAGAGCGGUGGUCUGGUAUUGCUGGACCUGUGAGAGCGGUGGUCUGGUAUUGCUGGACCUGUGAGAGCGGUGGUCUGGUAUCGCUGGACCUGUGAGAGCGGUGGUCUGGUAUCGCUGGACCUGUGAGAGCGGUGGUCUGGUAUCGCUGGACCUGUGAGAGCGGUGGUCUGGUAUCGCUGGACCUGUGAGAGCGGUGGUCUGGUAUCGCUGGACCUGUGUGAGCGGUGGUCUGGUAUCGCUGGACCUGUGAGAGCGGUGGUCUGGUAUUGCUGGACCUGUGAGAGCGGUGGUCUGGGUAUUAAUGGACCUAUGAGAGCGGUGGUCUGGUUAUUAAUGGAUCUGUGAGAGCGGUGGUCUGGUAUUGCUGGACCUGUGAGAGCAGUGGUCUGCUUUACCUGGACCUGUGAGAGCAGUUGUCUGCUUUACCUGGACAUGUGAGAGCAGUGGUCUGGUAUUGCUGGACAUGUGAGCGGUGGUCUGGUAUUGCUGGACCUGUGAGAGCGGUGGUCUGGUAUUGCUGGACCUGUGAGAGCGGUGGUCUGGUAUUGCUGGACCUGUGAGAGCGGUGGUCUGGUAUUGCUGGACCUGUGAGAGCGGUGGUCUGGUAUUGCUGGACCUGUGAGAGCGGUGGUCUGGUAUUGCUGGACCUGUGAGAGCGGUGGUCUGGUAUUGCUGGACCUGUGAGAGCGGUGGUCUGGUAUUGCUGGACCUGUGAGAGCGGUGGUCUGGUAUUGCUGGACCUGUGAGAGCGGUGGUCUGGUAUUGCUGGACCUGUGAGAGCGGUGGUCUGGUAUUGCUGGACCUGUGAGAGCGGUGGUCUGGUAUUGCUGGACCUGUGAGAGCGGUGGUCUGGUAUUGCUGGACCUGUGAGAGCGGUGGUCUGGUAUCGCUGGACCUGUGAGAGCGGUGGUCUGGUAUCGCUGGACCUGUGAGAGCGGUGGUCUGGUAUCGCUGGACCUGUGAGAGCGGUGGUCUGGUAUCGCUGGACCUGUGAGAGCGGUGGUCUGGUAUCGCUGGACCUGUGAGAGCGGUGGUCUGGUAUCGCUGGACCUGUGAGAGCGGUGGUCUGGUAUCGCUGGACCUGUGAGAGCGGUGGUCUGGUAUUGCUGGACAUGUGAGAGCCGUAGGAGGACGGAGGCGAUCAUCUACCUCGACAGGAACAACCGCUGACCCCUGGAGAGAGAGGAGAGAAAGAGCAGUGAUGCAGACUGCCUUCAGUGUCUUAGAACAGACUGCCUCUCUAGGUCGACCUAAAUGUGACUGUCAUAGAUAUUCACAUGUAGCAGGGUAGGAGAGAAAGUGUGUGUGAGUGCUAGGGACGUGCAUGUGUGAUCACGUAAGGGACUGUUGAGGGCUUGCUGCUGGUGCUGAGAGCGACUGAGGAGAGAGGGAGGUUGGAUCGGAGCAGAGAGGAAAAAGGCUUAGGGAUGACUGGGUGGAACUGGAGGCUAAAGCUAACCUUGGAAUCAUCCUUGGAACCUUGAGGGGCUGCCGCCACUACUCCACCCCAAAGAGAGGAACUAGGACUGGGGAAAGAUCCGGGCUCUGUGGACCCUAAACCUGGUGCCUAGGGAUAAGAUGGGCUUGACUUUUAAGACAUUGGGAUGAUGUCAGAGGACCCUGUGAGGGAUGAGGUUGUCGGGAGGGCGAGAGUGGGCUCCCCACGCCCGGUGUACAUGGUUGGCCCCUCCCCACUAUGAGCAUGCAGGUGCUUCAUAUGGUCAGGGAGCUGGUGUCUCCCUCCCGACGCAGAGCAGCCACCAGAUACGGAGCGUCUGGUACAGAGCAGGAUGCUGUGCUGAGGCUUGAGAAGGAGAGGGCUGAGAUCGUCUCCAAAUAUGACAAGGGAAAAGAGGGCGCCACUGUGGAACCCUGGGAGGAUGCAAGCUUCCACCUGUACAAAGUCAUUGACCGCUUCGGCUUCGUGCAUGAGAAUGACCUUCCGUCCUACGACUCGGUGGAAGAGAAGCAAAAACACAUAGAGGUAGAAAGGACCUCAAAAUGGCUGAAGAUGAUGAAGAGCUGGGACAAGUAUAAGAACAGUGAAAAGCUGGUGAGGCGGAUCUAUAAGGGAAUUCCCCUACAGCUCCGAGGAGAGGUGUGGUGUCUGCUCCUCGACGUUCCCAAAAUAAAGGAGGAGAAGAAAGACUUCUACGAGAAGCUGAAGCUCAGGGCUCGAGGUCUGUCUCCUGAUGUCCGUCAGAUUGACCUGGAUGUGAACCGAACCUACAGGGACCACAUCAUGUUCAUGACCCGCUACGACGUCAAGCAGCAGGCUUUGUUCCACGUCCUAACAGCCUACUCCAUGUACAACACGGAGGUGGGGUACUGCCAGGGCAUGAGUCAGAUCACUGCUCUGUUGCUCAUCUAUAUGAAUGAAGAGGAUGCCUUCUGGGCUCUGGUCAAACUGCUGUCUGGACAGAAACACGCCAUGCAUGGGUUUUUUAUCCCCGGCUUCCCCAAGCUGAUGCGCUUCCAGGAGCACCAUGACCGCAUCCUCAAGAAGAUGAUGCCCAAACUGAAGUCACACCUGGACACACAGGAGGUAUUCACCAGCCUGUAUACUAUGAAGUGGUUCUUCCAGUGUUUCCUGGACAGGACCCCCUUCACCCUGACCCUGCGGAUCUGGGACAUCUAUAUCCUGGAGGGAGAGAGAGUUCUGACCGCCAUGUCUUACACGGUCCUCAAACUGCACAAGAAGCACCUGUUGAAGCUGUCUAUGGAGGAUCUGGUUGAGUUUCUGCAGGUGACUCUGGCCAAGGACUUCUUCUUUGAGGAUGACUUUGUGAUUGAGCAGCUGCAGAACAACAUGGUGGAGCUAAGGAGAUCCAAACUGGAGCUGGCCGCACCAGGUAAAGAGGACGAGUAUCCCAAGAAGCUUCUUGGGCAGCUUCCCCCAGAGCCGGCGGUGAACCAGAACCACGUGGCGAAUGGUCAGAGCCACGCCCAGCCGGCCGAGCCCCCAAAAGCGCCCAGCCCCUCCCCCGAGCAGCAGCGGGACAGCCAACCCCCCAACCGGGCGGGCAGGGACUCCCUGGAGAAGCUGGUCCGGCAGCACAAGGCUGAGAAGAGGGAGGCCAGAUCACGGGGGUCCGGAGAGAACGCCGUCCACCUCGACCCCCACUGCAAACAGCCCUCCGUCCACAUCGACCCCCACUGCAAACAGCCCUCCGCCCCCCCCCUUGCGACUCCAGAGAGAGGGUCCACACCUACACCGUCCCCGGCGCCCUCUCCCUCGCCACACAACAACCCUCCUAUAAAAGUGGUGGAUGGAGGGAAGCCUCAGAACCACGCCACGGCCAACCACAACUCCAAUGCCGCCUCCAGCAUCUCCCGUAAAGACAUCGCCCCGCGCUGGGUCAAGCCCUCCGAGACCAAGCUGGAGGCUGCCAAAGCAGCGGCUGCCAGGGAGAUCCAGCUGAGCCGCGGUGGUUCCCCGUCUCCCUCCAGCCCUGAUGACACCCUGCUGCUCAACACCCGGCCCCGCUCCAGGGGCUUGUUCCCAGGCUCCAACCGCGGCUCCAACUCCUCUCAGUACGACAACGUGCCAGGGGGGGCAGAGCAGGACUUUGUGGAGGAGCUGGAGAGGCCACCAUCGCCGUCCCUUCCCCCCACCCCCAGCCUGCAAGGACCAGUGGGUAGGCAGGCCAAACGCCACAUCCCUGCUGCCCUGUCACUCAACAGCCCUGCAGGGGGUAAACCCUAUGUCCACCCCAACGGCCAGAGCCAGUACCACACGCCCCCCCAGCAGUACUCCCCCGGCCGGCCUGCUAUGGUGCCACUCCACUACCCUCCGUACAGUGUGAGCCUUGAGCAGAGGGGACUGGGAGAGGACAGGCACUACGGCCCCCCGCCCUCCCGAGGCACCCCACCUAUGGGUCUGAUGUAUGGGGAGAGGGCGUACGUCACCACCCAGCGGCCCAGCCACUCUCCGGAGAAGGCCCUCAUGAACAACUCCUAUGCCACCACCCACAGGCAGCCUCCCAGCUCAGCCCAGCCCCCCCGGACCCUUGUAGCCCCGCAGGUCCCCCGCACCAUACAGCAGCUGGACAGCCCUGGUAGUAACGCCUCCACAUACCUGCACCAGCCCACACGGCUCACCUCCACUGCAGCCGCCUAUCCGGUGUACCCUACUGUUGCCUACAGCAGGUACGAGGGGCGGAGGAGAGGGGAGCAGACACAACCCUACCUGUCUGAGGGGCCAGGCCGGGGAGGGGCAGUGGAGGUGCAGCCGUGGGGGCAGCAGGAAGUUGGUGACAUGACACGUGCCCCUGGAGGUGUACCCCGCUCCCCCAGCUUCCAGAGGGCCCAGAUGUCCCCCGUGCAGGAGUUCACCUUCCCCCCCGGCCCUGACGGCCUGGCUCACUACAGGACACAGUUCCACGAGCAGCAGCAGCCCACCAUGAGGCAGCAGCUCCCCCCGCUGUUCGGAGGACCACACUACAGGCACGCAUCAGAGGCGUUCACCAUGCAGGAGUCUAUGUUGCUGUGAGAGGAGGAGAGCGGGAUGGAAAGACACUGAGGUGUAGUCACUGACACUGUGGCAGCAGAGACCAGCGGUAGUCCUACAGGGGUUAAGGAGUUUUAGUUUGGUCUGUUUGUGCUUUAUAUGUGACGUUCUGACCCAUAAAGUCAUACUGCAUCGUGAAUGCUGCAGGAUACCAGCUUUUGACGUUUUUAUGGAUCCCUUUUAAAAACCCACUGAAGAUUGAUUAUUUUAUUUUUUGGAUGUUAAAUCAUUAAUGACAGGAGUUAAAAGUAUAUAUAUAUCUUUUAGAGUUGAAAAUGUACAGUAAAUGAUGUUUUGUUAAUAUACUGAGUUAUUGAAACGUUGUGAGUAGACAGGGACACUUCUCCUGGCGAGACAAACUCAAUGAUUCCUUUUUUCUUUUCCAUCUUUAUUUUUUAUGAGUUACUUCCAAAACAUCUAUUUUAGAGGUCAAUUUACUCUAUAUGCUUGUGAAUAUCUUGUUUUUCUGAGAGAAGAAACAAAGCUUUGUCAAAUAACAGAAUUACGGAUCAGUGCAGAUUUUAAAAUCAUUGUCAAAUAAAUCAUUUACAUUUUGAAGCACCUCCACUGUAUAAGGACCAUUUUUUCAACUUUCAUUUUUUCAUUGAGAUUAUUCUUUCGCUCAGUUUAGCGACCACUGUCAUUUCUAGUCAUUGCAAAGCAUUUCUGUAACCCAAAUAGUGUGUACAGUAUGUUUGGGUAUCGAGGCCAGUGUCUGCUUUAUACCCCAUAUUGAGACUGUAACAGUGAACUGUUUUGUCGUCCGUAGAAAAAACACCCCUUUUCUCCCCUGAAGUUAUGUACGAUUUACUUCCCUCUGAAUAGUUUACAUGAGCAUUAACUGCAUAUUAACAGUACGGUAUUUUCAUCACCACAGAGUAAGUGUCAGCUUGUUGCAGGAGGUUUCUAUAGAUGAUGUGUACUGGUGUUGAAGUACUUACUAAGCCGCAAUAUGCUUUAAUUGUCAACUCAUGUCUUGUAUUUUCAGCAGUCACAUUCACUGCUGUUCAGUUACCAGCACUUACAUAUUAAAUCAAUACUUACUGACCUGUACAUACUACUUUGUAGUGUGACAUCACACAUUUGAAUACAUAUUCAACCACCUCCCCUUUUAUUGCUGAUUCUGAACUAUGUACUUUUUGAUACAAUGCUUAUCAUUCUCAAACAGUUAUAAUUAUACUGUUAUUAUUUGAACAUGCAAAUAAGUAAUUCCUUCUUUUUGUUAAAUAAUUAAUUGCAAAAUGGUUUCAGGUCAUUCUUCAGAGACUUUUCUCUACUUAAUAAAACAACUUGGGGUGUGCAUUUCUGA